CCUUCACCUGUGGCCGCCGUUGGGGCGAGACCGAGCGACCGUCGCAGUCGGCAGAAGCACGAGGCGAGGUCGGAGCGAGGACUGGCUCGCGAGCUACGUUUCAACAGCACGAUCUGAGUGGCCGGCAGUGGGAUAUUUCUGUCUAUCAUCUUGGGAUUUGAGAGAUACCGAUGGAGGGAGUGCUGAUUUUAAAAUCUGCACCGACUCCUCCCCUGGCACCGGAUGCUCAGGAAGAUUCCGAUCUCCAAGCAUCUUCUGCUGUGCCUCCCCCCAUGUGUGUUAGCGCUCCACCACCACCACCACCACCACCUCCUCCUCCUCCUCCUCCUCCCCUUCUUACCACCUCUCCUUUUGGCUCUCGUAAUGUCCAGAGAAGAUCCAUGAAAAAGCUGAACUGGGACACCAUCCCCAGCCAGCGUGUCCUGGGCAAAUUGAAUGUUUGGACAUCUAAGCGGCCUCAGAGGGACCUGGUGCUGGAUAUUCGGAGCAUGGAGGAGCUGUUCAGUCAUGUAGACAAACGGGCAUCACUGUGCAGUUCAAGGCUCAAGGGUCUGCGGUUUGAUGGCCUGGACCUCUUUCCGGCGGAGCCUCAGGUCACAAUCCUUGACUCUAAAAAGAGUAUGAAUAUUGGCAUCUUCCUGAGACAUUUCAAGAGACCAGUGACAGAAAUGGUACAGGACAUUCGUCAAGGGAACUGGCUCAGAUUUGGAACAGGCAAACUAAAAGAGCUUUGUAAACUGCUACCAGACGAAAGUGAGGUGAAGCAGCUGCUGUCCUUCAGCGGGAACCUCUCUGUGUUACCUGAGGCAGACCAGUUCAUGGUGCAGCUGGUCAAAAUGCCGGGCUACGAGGAAUGCCUGAAAACGAUGCUGCUGAGGGAGGAAUUCUUUCCUCUUAUGGAGGAGGUGAAGAACUCUGUUGCUGUCAUGACCAAAGCAGCUAAUGAGCUGUUGGACUGUGAUGACCUCCACUCAGUCAUUCGGCUGGUAUUAAAAGCUGGGAAUUACAUGAACGCUGGUGGCUACAGUGCCAAUGCCAUUGGCUUCAGGAUGACCUCUCUGCUCAAGUUGGCAGACACCAAGGCCAACAAGCCUGCCAUGAACCUCAUGCACUAUGUUGCCAAGCAAGCGGAAGACAUUGAUGCUGAGUUGCUGACUUUUCCCAGCCAGCUUGAACACAUCGGGAUGGCAUCAAGAAUUUGUAAAGAGGAGGUAAUCACAGACUUUGAGAGAGAGUUGAAGAAGAUCAAGGAGGUGAAACUGUACAGCAGCAGACAGCCUGAGCUCUUACAACAGAUGGAAACGUUUCUCAUGAGGGCUGAUGCCAAGCUGGCCAACGUGGGAUCCUCUCUCCAGGAGCUAAAUUCUCUGUGCAAUGCUGUGGCUGAGUACUUCUGUGAAGACCCAGCCACCUUCAAAAUGGAGGAGUGCUGCUCCAUCUUCCAUUCCUUUUGCAUGCGGUUUGAUACAGCUGUACAGGAGAACCGAGAGCGAGAGGUGGCAGAGCAGAGGCGCAAGCGGAAGGAAAGCAUGCGUUUUGCAGCCAAACGACGCUCCACAGUGUCUGGCCCAGGACCCGAGCCUGAUCGGAACUCAUCCAGCUUGGAGUCGGCCUUACACAGCUUUCUGUCCACCGUUCCAGAGGGAUUAGCCAGAUGUAGGAGGAGCAUGCUGUCCCCAAUCGAAGGAUCCCCCGCUGACGGCAGUUCUCAGACUGUUCCAUCAGCAGAAAAAACUGAGGCUACGCCCUGCACUAGACGGGAGAGGCCUGAGAAGAAACAACCCAAACUGCAGAAAGAGGAUGGGCAAGUAGCAGCACUGGAAAACAAAGAGGACGCUGUGAAGAUGCGUGACAUGAGUCGGAAGGUGCUUCGUUACCAAAACAGCAAAAGUAGCCUUGAUGGGGACAGAGUUUUAGGCACUCCUCGUCGCUCAGAGAGGGCGCAAGAUACUCCAGCUACUCCAAGCACCCCUCGGCCUAGAACCAGAGACUUCUUCUUUGCCAACAAUGGGGAUGUUGGCUCCCCGUGGACUAUCCUGAGCCCUUUUACUUAUUCCCAAAGAAACAUCCCACUGCGAAACAGACAAGCACACCAACUAAGACUGUCCUCUACGUCCGGUGGAGACGACCUCGAUGAUGGAGUCUGGGAGAGUGAUGAUGGACUAACAUCUCCAUCCGGGGGUUCUGCGUCUCUUCCCGAGUGCCCCCGUCAGAAAGCUGUGUCGCAGGGUCCAAUCCUCAGGUCUGUUUCCGUGGAUGAAACUAGGCGAUCUCCAGGAUCUGGCUUCCGGCUGGGGGACUUGAUCCAGAGGAGCAUAUCUCAAAGGUCAUACUCCUCUGGCUCAAGGACAGAAAAUACGGGAGAAGAAGUUGCAAGAGUCUUUCCAUUGCAGCGCGGUAAGGCGAGGAAUCAUGUAGAGGAGCAAGUGAGCGGCUCUGGGUUUAUGUCCUUCUUCAGACGCAUUGGAGGCAGGAAUAAGCCAGGUGAUGUGGAAGAACAAAACUUCAAAGGAUCUAAUACUUGAUUAAAAAUUUUAUUUAGAGACAGAAACCAAACUUUGUCAUUUUUUGUGUGUUUUUAGAAUGUUUAAAUUUGUUUUUCUGUUUGUGUUUUUUUAACUGUCAUGGUUUUACCCUUCAGUGGAACCAAGGCAACCAAGGACUUGCUUUGAACUGUGAUGGCUUUGAUUUUUGGAAGUCAAACCACAUUCAAAAAUCGCAACAUAUUUCUUUCUUUUUUUGUCUCUUUGUGCGCAAUAAAAGGUGACAUUCUG